AUGAAUAAUAAUACAACUAUUAUUCCCAAUCGAUAAUUCCCUAAUAAAUUAUUGACAUAAAUUCAAACUUUAGAUCCUCUUUAAAUUAGACUAAUAAUCCAAAAGGAAUUUUUAUAAGGAAAACUCUGCCAAAAUAUUUAACAUUAUGUUUUGAUCCAAAAUGCAGAUUAAUUAUAUUCAGAAAUAGUUUUGUUAUGGUAUCUUAGAAAGGAAAUUACAUAAGAUGAAGCUCAUUUAUUCAUAAAUAAAAGUGAUCCUAACUUAUUUCCAUUCCAACUCAUGUAAUAUUUAAUUAAUCCAUAAAACAAAUUACCUCUUCUUAGAUUAAUAUUUAAUACAUAAAACAUUUAAUUCGUUAAUUCAUCAUUAGAUAUAGUUUUGAUGGGUUUAUAAACUAAAAAGGAAGUCUCUUCUCUUUUAUUAGGUUUUGAUGAGUAAGUAUAAUAAUAUGAGAUAAAUUUGAUUUUAAAUCAUUAUCCUAAAUUGAGCCUAUUGAUUUCUUAUCAUUUAAGAAUAAAUCCUAAAUUUGAAGAGUUAAGUAGUUUUGAUACAAAUUUAAUAGCAAUUACUCUAAAAAGAUCAUAAACAAUUAAUAAAGGAAUUGAAACUUUACUUAAUUAUUUAUUAGAAUGUGAUGAUAAGAAAAGCAUAGUUGACAUCUUAAUUUAAUUGAAUUUUUAAAAUGAUACAGUUUUAAAUUUAGGAAUCUUAAAAUCUCCAGAAGAGGUUUAAUAUAAAGAAGAAUAUAUAUUUUUUGAGAAAUGGACUUAAACAAAAAGUUUUAAUGAAAAAAUAUGGGGUAGAUUCACUUCUUUAGUCAAUUAAAAGAUGAUUAAACUAGAUAAUUAAGAAUUCACAGUAAACAAUCUUAAUUUUGCUUAACCUCUUCUCAUUAAAGCAUUAUUUUCUUUGGUAAAAAGACAUACAAGCAAUUUUAUUAUAGAGAAUGCUAUUAAUAAAGAAAUUAAGAUGAAAUAAAAUCUAUUUUUAGAUUAUCCAGAAUUCUUUAAAGUAUUUUUUAUUGAUUACUCUUCAUUAUUAGAUCCAAAUUAUAAUAUGUAUAUAUAUAUAUUUAAUGAAAUAUUUAGGUUAAUUUUAGAAUCUUUAAAUGUAAUACUUACUCAUAUUUAAAGAACUGCAAAAUAACCAAUUGUAUAACAUUUAGUAAUUUUAUUAAAAUAAUAUAUAGAAAUUAUUACUUUGUUAAUUUUUAGUUUAAUGUAUAUCAAAAAUGGUAGAUCCAUAAAAGAUUGAGAUAAGUAUUUAUUAAUUUAUUUAAUAAUUACUUGCUAAAGAUAAGAGUUUGAAUUUUUAAUUUGCAGCUUCAUUAAAAUUAGAUUAAAUUGAAAAGGCUGUAAAGCAUAUUGAUUGCUUAUUUUUAUUAUUAUCUGAUUUAGAUUUAUUGUAAUAGAAAUUGGGUGAUAAAGAACGUUUUUAUUUAUUUUGUAAAUGUCUUUAAUAAAAGCAUAAAAGUGAAUUAUUGGAAAAACCAUUAGAAACUUAUUAAAAUGAAAAUUAGCUGAAACAUAAAUAUAAUACAAAUUUAAUAAUGAAAAAAAAAGAGGAUAGAGUGAUUGCUUAAUUAUUCUGA